AUUUCCCAUUGACACACACAAAAAUAUUCAGAUCAAACUGUCAUUUUUUAUUCAAAUUUUGAAAUAGGAUUCAAAUUCUAAAUUCAACGAUGGCUUUCAGUGUUGCUUCUUCUUCUUCUCCGGCUUCAUUACCGGCCACCAGUUAUUCCCGUUCAUCAAAUCCUUCAUCGGAGCUCAAAUCUGCGCAAUUCGGUUCAUUUCGAUUGUUGGAUAGGCCGGCGACGGCGACGGCGAUUUCGACAGCUGUUAAUGUUUCUUCACGGCGUUUGACGGUGAAGCCGGUGAAUGCGGAACCUAAAAGGAAUCAUGCAAUUGGGGCUCUGUCUGCAACAAUUGCUGAGCCUGAGGUGGCGGAGAAAGCAGUGGAGGUGGAGGAUUUUGAGCAGUUGGCUAAGGAACUUGAGAAGUCAUCUCCUUUGGAGAUUAUGGAUAAAGCUCUUGAGAAAUUUGGCAAUGAUAUUGCUAUUGCUUUCAGUGGUGCUGAGGAUGUUGCGUUGAUUGAGUAUGCGAAGCUAACUGGCAGACCUUUUAGGGUGUUCAGUCUGGACACUGGGAGGUUGAACCCUGAAACUUAUAGGUUUUUUGAUACGGUUGAGAAGCACUACGGCAUCAAAAUUGAGUACAUGUUUCCUGAUUCUGUUGAAGUUCAAGCAUUAGUAAGGAGCAAAGGUCUUUUCUCUUUCUAUGAGGACGGGCACCAGGAGUGCUGCCGUGUGAGGAAAGUGAGACCUUUGAGGAGGGCUCUUAAGGGACUACGUGCUUGGAUCACUGGCCAAAGAAAAGACCAGUCCCCUGGCACUCGGUCUGAGGUUCCUGUUGUCCAGGUCGACCCAGUUUUUGAAGGGUUAGACGGUGGGGCUGGUAGUCUGAUCAAGUGGAAUCCAGUGGCAAAUGUUGAUGGACAGGAUGUAUGGAAGUUGCUCCGAACCAUGGAUGUCCCUGUGAAUCCCUUACAUUUGCAAGGGUAUGUUUCCAUUGGGUGCGAGCCUUGCACAAGGCCGGUGCUUCCAGGCCAACACGAAAGAGAAGGAAGAUGGUGGUGGGAGGAUGCUAAGGCUAAGGAAUGUGGUCUUCAUAAAGGAAAUUUGAAACAAGACGAUGUUGCCAAACUGAAUGGUAACGGAAACGGGGCUGCUCAUUCUAAUGGAUCCGAUGCAGUUGCUGACAUUUUCAACUCAGAUAAUUUGGUCGACUUGGGCAGGGCUGGAAUUGAGAACUUGUUAAAAUUGGAAAACAGAAAAGAAGCAUGGAUUGUUGUUCUCUAUGCUCCAUGGUGCCAAUUCUGCCAGGGAAUGGAGCAAUCCUACCUUGCAUUGGCGGAUAAAUUGGCGGGGAGCGGAGUGAAGGUUGGCAAAUUCAGGGCAGAUGGUGAUCAAAAGGAGUUUGCUAAGCAAGAAUUGCAGCUAGGAAGCUUUCCUACAAUACUUUUCUUCCCAAAACACUCCUCCCGGCCGAUCAAGUAUCCCUCUGAGGAAAGGGAUGUAGAUUCAUUGACGACUUUCGUCAAUGCUCUCCGGUAAUGGAUAAGACAUCAGUGAUAGAUGGUUGAAUUACUUAAACACAGGUCCAUAGUUGUCUUUCACCUCAGUAGAGCAAGGCAACAAAGCCUCGACUUGAAGCAUAACUUAAUUGUUUGCUUCUUCCAGCGAUAGUAGCCAUGGAAGUAUGAACAUAUAGCUUUGGUCGUUUGUAUAGUGUUGGUAUAUAUACUUCCGUUUCGUGCAAGUUUUAAAGUCUUUCUUAGAGAUUAUAAUUUUGAUCUUGUUUCUUAGAGUCAUUGUAAUGAGAAGUAGAGUUCAAUCUAUUAAUUUUCAGGCAUUGUCGUCAUGUAAAUGACCUCUAGUUGUGAAACUUCUAAUUUUUGGUUUA